ACCAACCGUGGAGCUCAUACGGUCUCCAAGGAAACUGAACUUUUCCUCUUUGCAAUCUAUCAACAUGGAAAUGUGUUCUCUAACACAUUUUGCCAGAAAACAAAGAGAAAUCACCGACAUCGACAAGAAGAAGUUUGAAACGGUUUAUGAGCUGUGUGACACGGACAAGAAAGGCUACCUGAACAGAGAAGACUUAAAAAUGGCAGUGGUCAUGCUGUUUGGAUAUAAACCAUCAAAGACCGUUAAGGUAUCGAAAGUGAGACAGCUGGUUGGAGUUGUAGUUCUAAGGAAACAGUGGCACUGUAACUUUUUGGCUUCGUGCUUCUUGGCCAUCAAAUACGUUGAAAACCGGCAUAUGUCUGAAACCAACAUGUUAAUGGAUCAAGCCCAGGCAAAAGAUUCACCAGGGGUUUGUAUAGAGAUGUUUAUGUGUCUCAUGGGCAAGAAGUUGUCAUCAGAUGACCACUACCAGCAAACCAGACAGAUCUUCAACACCUUUGAUGUGAACUGUCGUGGUUUCCUGAAGCUGGAGGACUUUAGAACAGCCUUCAGUAGAGUGGCUCCUCGUCUGCCUGAGAGGACUGUCCUGGAGGCCUUCAGAUGUGUAUAGAAGAGAUCAUGCUGAGAUCGCUCCCAGGCAACAACUUCUCCCAGAAUGCUCACUAACGAACACCCAUUUUUUGGUGUGAAAUUCAGCCCUGAAAUUAUUUUAAUUACUACUUGUGUUUAUCUUUUAUCUCUCUCUGUUUUUAACUUUUUAUAAAAGGCCUCCAGAACUCACUCUAAAGGAGUCAUACAAACAAACAACAAAUAUGAGAAACGACAAAUAACUGGAAAAAAUUGAGCCCAGUGUGCAGCCUCGUUUCAGAUGAUGACUAUCAUCAAGCGUCUCAGAUUGGGAGUGCUGAUCUAGGAUCAUUUUAGCCUUUUAGAUCAUAAUGAAUAAGAUUACAAUGGACAGGGGGAACCUGUCCAAGCACUCUUACUCUGAGAGGCUUUAUGAGUACACUCCCAUUGUAAUUAACUAGCCCUCUAUAGUUUGAAAAUGCUGCGGAAGAACACAGUCCAAGAUGUUGUAAUCAGAAAAGGGAGUAGUGUUAUUUGUUGUAAUUGCAUUUCCUCUAAAGUAGAUCUUUUUUCCUGUGGAGUGGCUCUGGUGUGUGUGCGUGCGUGCGCAGUAGACAAGCAGAUAACCUAAGGCAGGGUGUUCCUCCUCUUCUUAUUGGAUAGAGUUCUCUAGGGGACACAUCAAUCCUUAUCUAAGCCCCCGGAGCUGCUGCGACUACAUACACACACAGUCUUGUAUAAUUACAGUGGGGCAAAAAAGUAUUUAGUCAGCCACCAAUUGUGCAAGUUCUCCCACUUAAAAAGAUGAGAGGCCUGUAAUUUUCAUCAUAGGUAUACUUCAACUAUGACAGACAAAAUGAGAAGAAAGAAAAUCCAGAAAAUCACAUUGUAGGAUUUUUUAUGAAUUUAUUUGCAAAUUAUGGUGGAAAAUAAGUAUUUGGUCAAUAACAAAAGUUUAUCUCAAUACUUUGUUAUAUACCCUUUGUUGGCAAUGACAGAGGUCACAAGGUUUUCACACACUGUUGCUGGUAUUUUGUCCCAUUCCUCCAUGCAGAUCUCCUCUAGAGCAGUGAUGUUUUGGGGCUGUUGCUGGGCAACACGGACUAUCAACUCCCUCCAAAGAUUUCCUAUGGGGUUGAGAUCUGGAGACUGGCUAGGCCACUCCAGGAUCUUGAAAUGCUUCUUACGAAGCCACUCCUUCGUUGCCCGGGCGGUGUGUUUGGGAUCAUUGUCAUGCUGAAAGACCCAGCCACGUUUCAUCUUCAAUGCCCUUGCUGAUGGAAGGAGAUUUUCACUCAAAAUCUCACGAUACAUGGCCCCAUUCAUUCUUUCCUUGACACGGAUCAGUCGUCCUGGUCCCUUUGCAGAAAAACAGCCCCAAAGCAUGAUGUUUCCACCCCCAUGCUUCACAGUAGGUAUGGUGUUCUUUGGAUGCAACUCAGCAUUCUUUGUCCUCCAAACACGACGAGUUGAGUUUUUACCAAAUAUGGUCAGAUGAAAUUCUCCCAAUCAUCUUCUGGAUCAUCCAAAUGCUCUCUAGCAAACUUCAGACGGGCCUGGACAUGUACUGGCUUAAGCAGGGGGACACGUCUGGCACUGCAGGAUUUGAGUUCCUGGCGGCGUAGUGUGUUACUGAUGUUAGGCUUUGUUACUUUGGUCCCAGCCCUCUGCAGGUCAUUUACUAGGUCCCCCCGUGUGGUUCUGGGAUUUUGCUCACCGUUCUUGUGAUCAUUUUGACCCCACGGGGUGAGAUCUUGCGUGGAGCCCCAGAUCGAGGGAGAUUAUCAGUGGUCUUGUAUGUCUUCCAUUUCCUAAUAAUUGCUCCCACAGUUGAUUUCUUCAAACCAAGCUGCUUACCUAUUGCAGAUUCAGGCUUCCCAGCCUGGUGCAGGUCUACAAUUUUGUUUCUGGUGUCCUUUGACAGCUCUUUAGUCUUGGCCAUAGUGGAGUUUGGAGUGUGACUGUUUGAGGUUGUGGACAGGUGUCUUUUAUACUGAUAACAAGUUCAAACAGGUGCCAUUAAUACAGGUAACGAGUGGAGGACAGAGGAGCCUCUUAAAGAAGAAGUUACAGGUCUGUGAGAGACAGAAAUCUUGCUUGUUUGUAGGUGACCAAAUACUUAUUUUCUACCAUAAUUUGCAAAUAAAUUCAUUAAAAAUACUACAAUGUGAUUUUCUGGAUUUUGUGAUGAAAAUUACAGGCCUCUCAUCUUUGGGAGAGGCCUGUGGGAGAACUUGCACAAUUGGUGGCUGACUAAAUACUUUUUUGCUUAACCCCUAACCCUAAAACUAACCCUAAACCUAAUUCUAGUGAUGUCACGUUCUGACCAUAGUUCUGUUAUUUUGUUAUUUGUUUUAGUAUGGUCAGGGUGUGAGUUGGGGUGGGCAGUCUAUGUUUGUUUUUCUAUGUUGGUUUUUGAGUUCGGCCUAGUAUGGUUCUCAAUCAGAGGCAGGUGUCGUUAGUUGUCUCUGAUUGAGAAUCAUACUUAGGUAGCCUGGGUUUCACUUUUGGUUUGUGGGUGUUUGUUUCCGUGUGAGUGUUUUGGCCACACAGUACUGUUUCGGUUUUGUAAAUUCACGUUGUUAUUUUCUGUUUAGUGUUCUGAGUUUGAAUUAAAAAUCAUCAUGAACACUUA